AUGUUUGCGGGUCGAGCAUCGGCGGCGGGCGCUGCUGUUGGGCCGGCAGCGGGAGGAAAAGGUGGGAAGUUUUCGGUGGAGGAGCUGUACGGGUUCAAUAAGAAACCAAAGGUGAACAGGGGGAAUUCUGGGAAAUCAGAGAAAGGCGACGGGAAGAAAGAAGCAAAGGAGAGAGAAGAAUCUGUGCUGGCGUCUCAGAUCCUGGAGGCAGCAAGGAGGCUGAUGGAGAGACGCCGACUGGAGAUCUACCUGAAGGAGUGUGAUGUCACCAUGGAGCAGAGCAACAUGCCAUACAGGAAUCUUGGGAAAUCUGGACUGAGAGUGUCCUGCUUAGGACUGGGAACAUGGGUGACAUUUGGCUCUCAGAUCUCUGAUGAGAUGGCGGAGAGUGUGAUGACGGUGGCGUACGACAGUGGAGUGAACUUGUUCGACACAGCAGAGGUUUACGCCUCAGGGAGAGCAGAGACGACUCUGGGAAACAUCCUGAAGAAGAAAGGAUGGAGGAGGUCCAGCUAUGUGGUGACCACUAAGAUCUACUGGGGAGGCCAGGCGGAGACAGAGCGAGGGUUGUCACGGAAACACAUCAUCGAAGGACUGCGUGGGUCUCUCUCCAGGUUACAGUUGGACUAUGUGGACAUCGUCUUCGCCAACAGGAGUGACAUCAACGCACCAAUGGAGGAGGUUGUCCGUGCCAUGACCUUCGUGAUCGAUCAGGGAAUGGCCAUGUACUGGGGAACAUCACGCUGGAACGCUGUGGAGAUCAUGGAGGCGUACUCAAUAGCUCGGCAGUUCAACCUGGUUCCUCCAGUGUGUGAACAGGCUGAGUAUCAUUACUUCCAGAGAGACAAAGUGGAGCUGCACCUGCCUGAACUCUACCACAAGAUAGGUGUCGGAGCCAUGACCUGGUCCCCGUUAGCCUGUGGUCUGCUGACGGGAAAGUACAAUGAGGGGGUCCCUGAGAGCUCCAGAGCUGCCAUGAAGGGCUAUGCGUGGCUGAAGGAGCGUUUCAGCAGUGAUGAGGGAAAAAAACAGCUCAGCAAAAUCAAAGAGCUCCACCUGCUGGCCGACAGACUGAAGUGUACUGCUGCUCAGCUCGCUAUAGCCUGGUGUCUUCGUAGUGAAGGCGUGAGCUCGGUUCUUCUCGGAGUCUCCAACACAGAACAGCUGCUGGAGAACCUCGGCUCUCUCAGGGUUCUGACUCAGCUGACUCCGCCUCUCAUCGCAGAGAUGGACGCGUUGCUUGGCAACAAGCCGCGAACCGGCAAAAAGGAGUCGAGGAGCUGA